AACGGUCGCGGGAAGUCCUUUGCCACGCGCGUGAUAAGAAGAGGUUGAGUGUUGACUCAUUCAAACUUUUUUGUAAACAUUGUUUUGCUUUUAGGGUGGAAAGACGUGGUUUUUUUUUGCGUCGGAGAGACAUUAAGAAAGGCUGUGACGGAUACCGAAACUCGACCGACCGGGUAGUUUUGUAUUUGUUUUUAAUGUUUGACUGAAUUUGGUGAUUGAAUAAUCGCUAACUACGCCGUGGCCAUUUCUGUUCGCUGGAUGGGCGUGUAGGAGCUAGCAAACAAGCUAACUUUCCUCGGAUGCUAACAUAGCUUUAACACUUUUAUAGGACUUUUGGACUAUCUUUAAAACAGUACCUUUAUUUAAGGUAUUUACAAGUUGUCUAACUUGGGUGUAUUUGGCGAGAAACUUCACUACAUUAGUAGUGGGGGUCCAACCGCGUGUUUUCUCCGUCGACGCAGCCGGGGUUUAAAUCCUGAAAAUGUCGAGCUACGGUCGCCAUAGACACGGAUCCCCUUCCCCGAAAUCUCGACCGAUUCGUCAGAAAUUACAGUUCACGUCGAGCGACGGGGAGGACGACCCCAUUGAGGACGUUAACAACAGCACAGGGGGAGAGUCUGGAUUCACGGAGCUGGAUUCCCCGAUGCCAGCUCGGAGGGACACCGUGGACAAGCUGCUGGAGGGAGGCAGCAGCCCCCUGAACCAGACCGCCAGCGGGGACGACGACGUGGAGCUUUGGGACGAGGAGAGCUUUGGGUCCCCGUCUCACCUGCGGUCACCCAGCAGUGUUAUCUUUGCCAAUUGUUCACCGUCACCGAGGAAGAUGUCCCGGCUGUACGGAGCGUCGCCGGAGCGGUCUUACGUGCAGGACGACGGAGAGGGAUCCAGCUCCCCGAUCCCGGACUGUCCCGACACACCUCCACAUAAAACCUUCAGAAACCUCCGAUUGUUUGAUACACCACACACACCAAAGAGUCUGUUGUCCAGAGCGAGGGGCUCUGGCCCGGGAUCCUCCAGCAGGAGAGUCGCCCUGUUCAAGAAUGUGGAGCCUUCAGGAAAGUCAAUCACAGACAGCCGGAGACAGCAGACCCCGCUGGUCAACUUUAACCCCUUCACACCGGACUCCCUCCUCAUACAGUCGGCCACACAGCAGAGAAACAACAGGAAACGGGCGCACUGGAAUGACUCCUGUGGAGAAGACAUGGAGGCGAGUGACGGUGAGGGAGAGGAAGAAAUACUGCCCCCAUCUAAGAGGAUCACCAUGAUGGAAAGCAACAUGAUGUCCAGGUACACCUCUGAGUUCCUCGAGCUGGAGAAGAUCGGCUGUGGAGAGUUUGGCGCCGUGUUCAAGUGUGUGAAAAGACUCGACGGCUGCAUCUACGCCAUCAAGAGGUCGAAGAAACCCCUGGCAGGAUCAGUAGAUGAACAGAACGCCCUGCGGGAGGUGUACGCCCACGCCGUGCUGGGCCAGCAUCCCCAUGUGGUGCGCUACUACUCAGCAUGGGCCGAGGACGACCACAUGCUCAUACAGAACGAGUACUGCAACGGCGGCACGCUGUCGGACGUCAUCACAGAAAACUACAGGCGGCUCAGUUACCUGACGGAGCUGGAGCUGAAAGAUCUGCUGCUGCAAGUCACACGGGGACUCAAAUACAUCCACUCAACUUCCCUGGUGCACAUGGACAUCAAACCCAGUAACAUCUUUAUUUCCCGUAAAUCUAUAUCGAGCUGUGAUGAGUGUGAUGAUGAUGAAGGACUGACCCCCAGCGUUGUCUACAAAAUAGGUGAUCUGGGUCAUGUAACACGAGUGAACAACCCGCAGGUGGAGGAGGGAGACAGCCGAUACCUCGCGAAUGAAGUUUUACAAGAGAACUACAGCAACUUGAGGAAGGCGGAUAUCUUCGCUCUUGCUCUGACAGUCGUCAGUGCCUCGGGGGCGGAGCCUCUUCCGACAAACGGAGACAAAUGGCACGAGAUCCGACAGGGGAAACUCCCCGCCAUCCCACAAGUGCUCUCUCAAGAUUUCCUCAGUCUUCUCAAGCUGAUGAUCCAUCCUGAUCCCAGCAGACGACCAUCGACCUCUGAGCUCAUCAAACACCCGGUGCUCCUUACAGCUGCCCGGAUGAGCGCAGACCAACUCCGAGUUGAGCUCAACGCCGAGAAGUUCAAGAACGCACUGCUUCAAAAGGAGCUGAAGAAGGCCCAGCAGGCCCGAGCCGCAGCUGAGGAGAAGGUUUUGUCCACAGACCGGGUCCUGACCCGCUCCACACUCCAGUCCAACCCCAGAACCAACAGACUCAUCGGCAAGAAGAUGAACCGAUCGGUCAGCCUCACCAUCUACUAAGACUUUAAUCCGCCCUGACAGGAAGAGAAAACAUGAAGGCUCAUGGACCUUUUUAUAACGAAACCUGCUCGGAAAAGAACUGGUUUCUUUUGUUGAGGAGAAGCCUGUCAGUCGUGUUGUUGGGCUCGAACGCCCAGUCGAAGCUGUGUAGACUGUUACCAAACUGGAAAUCAACUCGAUAAGUCUCUCAUUACCAACAUAGUUCAGCCCUUCUUGUUUUUCCUGAUGGACUUUCAUCUUUGGAAAAAUAAUCCUCAAGGUACUUCCUGUACCUUUCUACACUUUGUCAUUCCUUUCUUUGCAUAGACAUCAGGCUCUCCUUCUGUUUCUGUCCUUGCACUUCCCUCGACAAAGACCAGAAGCUGCAGUGAAGCUCUCUUCUUCAGCGUGAAUGUACUCGCCGUAGCCGCACGCACCUUACUGCCUGUCAAACGCCUGAUGCUGGGUACCAGAGGGGCUGAGAACUGACGAUUUCUGUUUGUAAAGGAGCACUUUGGAGGCAACACGUUGGAUAUUGCCGGAAAAGAAAAAAAAAAGAAAAACUGCUGCUAUUGAUGUUUUUGUGUGUAUCAGGGUUUGGCCAAUUCCAGGUUGGAUCGUUCUCAAGGUCAUUGGCUCUUAUUUUCAUGUAGCAGGAGUCCAUUUCCCCACCUCGACCGCCUUAUUUACACGUUUUUUUAUUUCCUGAUGGGAUGGUAAAAUGGAUCAUGCCAUUUCUAGAAAAUCAUCCAGUCGGUUUAAAGAACCAAAAUCCAGUCGAACUCGUUAUCUGUGAAAUUUAAUCCAGAGUGUUGAUUGGAGCUGCCAACCCUGCCUGUAGCAUUAGAACAAUCAUUGUACCGUUCUCUUGAUCGUCAUGUGUUCAACUUCUUUUCUUUUUUACCAUAAGACCCGCCUUUAAUUACUGUUUAGAAAAAUCUUCCUCAUCUUUUUGUUCCUUCAACCUCUAACACACAAUCCCUUUUUGUUGUUGAUGUAACUGUUUGUACAUAUGUUCUUUUAAUAAAUUCUCACCACCCACA